AUGGCACUCCCGCUAUUUAUUCCGCCCUGUAUUCGCAACCCUGCCGCGUGCGACCACUUUCCGUCCCCUGACAAGCCCCUGCGUAUUCAAAUCGAAGGGCCCUCGAUUGCCGUAGAGAGGCUUCUUCCCCAUACUGUCUGGCGUCUUGCUGAAUUUGGAGAAGGGCAGUUUCCUCAGCCAGCAGCUCCGGAGUUAGCCCGGCUGGCUUACCAAGCAAUCUACGGACAUGACGCUCACUCUCAAAUCCCCGGGGAUCUAGUGGUACGCGACGAGUAUUUAGGUUGGGUAGCCAAGAACCCUCCAGAACCAGUGAUUGAUUACUACGGUGUGACAUUUGACCAUCUUGUUCCUCCAGGUGACCACAACCCGGAGGUUUUACAAAUCAACAUUAUUGAGGUUGAAAAUGAUGAUGGAGCUUACGCUAGGGAAGCUUUCGCGAAAAAGUGGCUUGUAUCAGAAAUAGAUCCAGCCGAUUUCAUUGGGAAAAAAGUGCUGGCAAUCCCGAGAUGUUGUCAGGGGAGAAAGGGAACACAAGAUCGUUGGCGAGUCAAUGCGAUGGUAGAAUAUAGGAUUAAUGGCCGCCAGAAUUUCAAAGGACAGAAAGAAUGGGCGGAGUAUAUAACAAAAAACACAGGGUAA